AUGGAUCGUCCCAGAAGAGCAAGAGGACCAUUGCGACGCGUAUUCACGACGUUAGUGAAUGAAAUGAAGGAGGAGUUGGCCAAGGAAGACCCUGAUGAAGAGGUCCUUGAGGUCCAAUUCAACCGUCUGGAAGGUUAUGCUGAAAAGAUGACGCAUUUUGACAAUAUCUCUAUCGAAGAAAGACCGGUCAGCCAGCCCUUCUUCAGCCAAUGUUCGGAGUCUGGAGUCUACAUCCACGUAUCGGCGUAUCGGCGUAAGACGUAUCGGCUGCCGAAGCUGGAGCUGAAGAUAUUUGGAGGUGAUCUCACUGAGUGGUUGUCUUGGUGGUCACAAUUUGAGAAGAUCCACCUUGAUGAGGAUUUGGAGACUUCGGACAAGUUUCAAUACCUCGCCCAGAGCAUGAUGGUGGGAUCCAGAGCUAAGGAGCUGAUUGACAGUCAUCCAAUGACUGCUGCCAAUUACCACAAAGCGGUGCAAGCAUUGAAAGAGAGAUUCGGACGGGAUCAUCUACUGGUGGAGGUGUAUGUACGAGAACUACUGAAGAUGGUGAUCUCUAAUGUCUGCAGUAAGGACAAGUGUGACAUCAUGAAGAUGUACGACAAGUUGGAAUCACAUCUUCGAGCUUUGGAUUCACUUGGAGUGACCACCGACAAGUGUGCUGCCAUGCUGUUUCCAAUUGUGGAGUCGAGUCUACCCGAAGAAUUACUACGUGUAUGGCAGAGAACCGAAAUUCCGAGCAGAGCUGAUGCUGGAACCACUUCACUCACAUCUCUCAUGGAGUUCCUACGACAGGAAGUGCGAAAUGAGGAGAGGAUUUCGUUAGCACGUUCCGGAUUUGGCAUGACGAAAGACAAGAAGGUCCGAUCAAAAGAAGACGGUGGUGGUGACAAUUGCGCAACUUCAGCAGGUCUAUUUUCUGGACAAAAGACAGAAUGUGCAUUUUGCAAAAAGCCCCAUCCCACUCAAGACUGUUUCCGAGCGAAGACGUUGUCGUACGAUGUCAAGAAGCAAAAGUUACAUGAGAUGAGAUGCUGUUUUUCAUGCUUGAAGGUCGGACAUAAUGCAAAUAAAUGUCGAAAUCCAAUGAGAUGUCAAGUCUGA